GAUAGCUUUGGCUGUAUAAUAAUAGAGCCUUCAUUUUCCAUGUUCGUUUAAAAAUUAGGAUUCACUUUCUAUCCACCAUAAUAGGAUGUGAUGUCGAUCCAGAGGGUUGGUGAGCUAAUCAGUUCAUGUAGAUAGCGAUUGAAGACUCCAUCUUUGGUACUGUAGCCUUAAAGCCAGGGCCACGAUGCAAACAGAAACCAUGAAGUCAGUUUUAUUUUGGACCACUCUCAUAACGGUGAUUUCAGCUGUAUGUGGUAUCAACUGUUACAACUGCGAAGGGGACGAGUGCAGAGAUCCAUUUGACCCGGAAGGAAUAUCAACCACAUGCCCGGGGUCAUCGUUUCUACCAAACAAUUUCUGCAGGAAAACUGUUACUGUCACUGGCACCACGGUGGUUCGGAGCUGUGGAACGAAUGAACGAAACGAAUGUACCCCAGGCUGCACCGAGAGUAUGACCUGUACCUACUGCUGUGAAUACAAUCUCUGUAAUAGAGCAAUCACCAUGACAAUAAACUUUGUUGCUAUGGGAGUGGCUUCGGUGACAGCUCUCAUCCUAACAAGACAAUAGAGGAACUAUCUUGACGGUAAACAUUCUUGCUAUUGGAGUGGCAUCGAUGACAGCUCUUCUAUAAGACAGUCAAUAGAGGAAUCACCAUGACAACUGUGUUGCUAUGGGAGUGGCUUCGGUGGAAGCUCUGCUCUUAACCGAGGAACCAACAUGACUAUAUGGGAUUUGUUGCCAUGGCAGCUCUCCUAACCGGAGAAAAAAAUGAAUCACCAUGACAAUAAAGGUUUUUGCUAUGGGAGUGGCCUUAAUGACAACUCUCCUCUUAAGCAGACAGUAGAGGAACAAUCUUGACAAUAAACUUUGUUGCUAUGGGAGUGGCUUCGGUGACUGCUUUCCUAUAGAGGAACCACCUUGACAGAAAAAAACUUUGUUGCUGUGGGAGUGGCUUCGGACUGCGGUGACAGCAAUAGAUUAACAACCUUGAAAAUAAACUUUGUUGCUAUGGACUGGGAGUGGCUUCGGCGACAAUUCUUGUCUUAAAAUUAUAUAAGUUUAGGGGUAGGAAAUAAUAGAAGUUCAAAGCAGCAAAUCCAAUCAACCAAAAGGGAAAUAAGAGAAACUGGAAGAAGACGCAAACUUCGACAAGAUACCGAAGAAGUCUGGUAGUGCACUGCUAUUUUGCCUCAGUAAAACUUGAGAUCACAAUAAUAAUUUACAUAUUCAAAUCAAGUAAAGUCAACCAAUCAAAAUAAAAGAAAUGGAAGGAUUGAACUAAAAUGUAAGAACCCAAUUCAUAAGAUAAACCAAUAGGAGUAAGGAGAUGAAGAUGUGUCUGGGUGAUUAUGGAAAUGGAAACUGAAGAGACAGUUGAGGGAUGGAGUGAGUGGAACACCUGAAUGAUAGAGGAAAUGAAGAUGACAAAAGAGAACGAGGAAAGGAAUUCAGUGUACACUGCAAAAACUCUGGUGUUGAUUUAACACCAGCCGGGCAUCCAUAUAUGUCCACACCAGAGAAGUUUUAAACAAACAACACCAAUUUCUUUUUUGGUCUAUAACACCAGUUAGGUGUUUAUGCAACACCAAUUAGUAUUAAAACAGCAUCGGUUUGAUUCCAAACUAGUGUUGUUUCAAUACUUCUCCUAAGUUGACAUAUAUGGAUUCUGGGAUGGUGUUAAAUCAACACCGGAGUUUUUGCAGUGUAGAUGAAAACUGAAUAUAGAUAAACCCAUCAGACUGCAAGGGAAGUGCUAAAAAGAAAUGCAAAUGAACUCGAGUCUGGACGGAACAGAAAUGUAAAACAGCUGAAGAACUUGAAACACACAUUAAAGGAAAUAGACAAAAUAGGAAAAUUACAAUAUAACCAUCUUACAUUACAAUGGGUUGCAUAGUAAAAAAAGAAGAAAAAAAGGUUUGCCGAUGAAAUGGUCCAUAUAUACAAUGUGGCUUACUAUAAUGAUCCUUACAUUAGUAGUUUAACAGUUUAACCAACACCCAGGGAGGGGGGCACUUCCAUUCACGAGUGGAUACCAUGCGCGACCAUAUGGUCUCCAAAAGCACCCUAAACACGUAUUUUCCAUAUUCUAAAAAUGCACCCCUUAAGAAGUAUUGGCUUGUGAAACCCUACCCUUAAGAAGUAUUGGAAACAAAACGAUUCUUUUGGCAAGUAUUCACUGAAUUGAAUCCCUAAACAAGCACAGCGAUAUUUUAAUUUUUAUAUGUCACGGAUGUCGGUUUUUCCUUUACCUACAUGUACAGCCCCUCCUACACCUCGCACAAAUCGGAAUCUAAACACGUAGUGUUGACUAGCUGUUGGGGCAAAAAGUUCAUC